ACCUGCCAAAUUCCAGCAGAUGGCCACGUCAUACUCACAGACAAUAUUUUCACUUCCGGGUUGGAUCCUCUCCCUUUCCUGUCGGCCAUUUAUCGCAGACGGUUUGUAGGCGACUUCCUGAUCAACCUUCAAAUAUGCAGAACGACGCUGGUGAAUUUGUGGACCUCUACGUCCCACGUAAAUGCUCUGCUAGCAACAGAAUCAUUGGAGCUAAGGACCAUGCCUCCAUCCAGAUCAACAUUGCUGAGGUUGACAAGGUGACUGGUCGCUUCAAUGGUCAGUUCAAGACCUACGCUAUCUGUGGAGCCAUCCGCAGAAUGGGUGAGUCUGAUGACUCCAUCCUGAGGCUGGCAAAGAACGACAGCGUUGUUGCAAAGAACUUCUGAGGAGUUGGAGCUUUGGAAAAUUUGUACAAUAAAAAUGUUUAAAAAAAAAACAAAACACUGUAUGACUUUCUAUAAAUCUCAUCUGUUGAUUUACAAACAGAUUCAGAUGAUUUCACACAGCUAACAUCACCA